UUCCUCGUUGUUCAUGGGGUGAUUGUAAUGAAUAUUUUUUUCCUGCAACGUGUCAUAAGUGGGUUGCUUUGGCUCUUUUUGGUACACAACAGGAUGCUAUCAAUAUGGAACAGUGGACUGAAUUUGUGAAGCGAUUUCGCUCCGUCCUUGCAAAAAAUCGAAUGAACUUUGCCGAGCCUCAGAUCCUUGUUCGCCAAGCAACUGGUGCGGAUCUGAAAUUACUCAUUCAGGGGUACUAUGAACAAGGGUUUGAGUAUAUGUUAAUUGCUCACCCAGAUAAUGCAGAUCAGAUUCAUCAUGCCAUGAAGUAUAUCGAGCAGAAAACCGAAGUCGUCACGCAGGGUGUCAAGAUGUCGACAGUAAAGAAUGUCAUCUUUAAGGAUCGUUUUCUGACAUUGGCGAACAUCAUCCACAAGACUAAUGUAAAGAUGGGAGGACAUAAUUAUACGAUUUCUGUUUCUCCGCAAUCUGAUUUAUUUCCAAUUUUUGGGGGUAGUACUUUAAUUGUUGGCAUUGGUUCAAACCAUCCAGCUGGGGGGUUAGCCACGCGAGCUGGAGUUGUGCAACCAACUGCAGAAGGUGACAAAAAUGGAAACGGUAAGAAUGGAAAUGGAGGUAAUGGAAAUGGUGAACAUGUACAACGCAUAACUGUGCCAUCUGUUGUUGGAUUUUCUGCAAAUAUUGGGAAGAAUAAUAGUUUUGAGUUUGUUGGCGACUAUUGUUAUCAGGUUAAUUACUAUCUUUAG